GGCGGGUUUGCCGGCCGACACUCCAUUCGCUCGCGGGCCGUCCUCGCGAACACACGUACCAACUCUACUGCUCUCAGCUACAAACUUUACUCGAGCUACGGACACUCGAUAGCAAAACGCCGGUACCCAUUUUCCCCGACUUAGUACACAAUUUCAAUUAACACCGCGACCAAUCGGAUGAUUAAGAAUUCGGCUUUGUAAUACUUUGCCGGUUUUUCACCUUACGGAAGUGACUGUACCGAUUAAUUGCACUCGGUGACAAUUGGAGUGGACGAGAUUUAAGUUCGUGACAGUGCCAUUGUUUUUGUGUUAUAAACUGAUGUUUUUGGAGAUUUAACGGUGUCUGUUAUAGCACGGAAAUAUUUGAGAUUGUGAUUAAUUGUUGUAACGAAUUGGGAGGCGCUGAGAUAUUUCAUGUGAUGCGCGAGUGACACCGUCGCCAUGAUUCGAGAUCCACCGGCCAUGCAUAAGCCUGAAAACACAAACAGUCAACAAGAAGAGAACAAAUACAGUCGCACCAGCGGCGUGACCAGCAACACGGGGGGCGCUCGGCUUUGCGCGCAAUGUGGGAAAGUCAUCACAGAGAGGUUUCUUCUCAAGGCGAUGGAGAGGUUCUGGCACGAAGACUGCCUUAAAUGCGGAUGUUGCGACUGCCGUCUCGGGGAGGUGGGCUCAAAGCUGUAUUACAAAGCCGACCUUAUGCUGUGCAAAAGGGACUAUCUUAGGUUAUUUGGUGCCACAGGCAAUUGUGUGGCGUGCAACAAAGUCAUUCCCGCCUUCGAAAUGGUAAUGCGAGCCAAAAGCUUCGUUUACCACUUAGAAUGCUUUGCCUGUCAGCAGUGCAAUCACAGGUUUUGCGUAGGCGACAGAUUUUAUCUGUGCGACAACAAGAUUCUCUGCGAGUACGACUACGAGGAGAGACUAGUUUUCGCUAGCAUGGCCGCCAACCCUAGCGGACUGGCGCACAUCCGGCGACAAGUCAGCGGGUUACAGCAGUCUCCGAGCGGGGGAUACGUGGGAGGCGCGGGUUGUGCGGCAAGCGCGGCGGGUGCGCCUCCGCUGUUGGACAAGGACGGCGGAGGCUGCGCCGGCGCAGACGACGCGUCCAGCGGCUACGGCAGUCCGCCCGACCCCGACGUGUGCGACGCCGCGCGAUGACCGACGAUGCCUCGCCGACUUCUCGCCUCGGUAAAACCUCACUGACCGGCGGGACGACAGGCCUCUAGCGGUUUCCACGCAGGGCACUUCUGGCACCCCACCACCGUCUACCCAGUAGAGUGGCUCCCAUCUCCUAUCUAGCCAUCACCAUCGCCCUGUAACAAUACCUACAUAUAAUACAUAGUUUAAUAUGCUUUAUUUUAUUACUGUUUCUAGUUCAUGUUGUUCAAUCUAAUAAACUGAAAUUGUAACUGUGUUAUAAUGGCGUUGCCACGCGGUAUUUUUAAAUCCUAUGUGAAGAAUUACAUCGAGUCGUCUCGGCAAAUAUAUUUUACAAGCUCGACACGAAAGUACAUUAGGCUAGAAGGCGGUCCGUGGAUAUGCGGCCACUUUACAAAGUGUCCGGGAUGAGUCGCGAUAACGUUGUCAGAACACGAUAUUUCCAUUAUGUAUACGAUUUGAGCACUUGUUUACAUGUUAAGAUAGCCUCGCGUGGGUAGGAGGCGCAUUCUUGCUUCUACUAAUAUAUAGAUAGUACCACAUCUUGUGCUUAGCCAGUUCAUAUUUGUCAAAAGAUAAAAAGUCAAUGUGCAAUCCUACGACUUUUUUUGUUUAAAUUACCUAAAUUACUUAUCUAAAUGGCAGCUAUAUCACACUUGCAAUAAUUAUUACUGUAAAAGUAGAUAUCAUUUUCUCUAUUAUGGUCAUUAUAUUCAUCAUAAAAGGAAGAUCCAGGCCCUAAAGUUAUAAUAAUUGAUAAUGUAAUCGAUCUCAUUGUUAUGAAGUUUUGUGUACAUUAAGAACUAAAUAUUGUUAUCAUACAAGGUAUGAAGUUUUGCAUGAUUUCUCUUUUAUUAUUUUUCUUUGAUUGGUUAGGUAAAUGUUUUUAAGUUUUAUGUUUUUUUACCAAAGAUAAGUUUGCGUUAUAAUAAUUCUAGCUUACAAAAAGGAGCUACGAAAUGUAGAUUUAAUAGUGAUAUAUCUGGUACUCAGAAGUGGUGCAAUGCUUAGUUAAGGACUUCUGUAGGUAUAAAUAAAGGUUUCAAGGCAUUUAAUUUUCUGCCACUGCUUCAGUAUGUUGUUUGCAAGACUAAUCGUAUCUUCGAUACGUGUAAUGCUUAAACAUUGCGUUUUUCUACGGAAAGUGAAACCGUUUAAAUACUAAUGUUUUAAUAUAAAUAGCUAUUGUAAAAUAAAGAUUUCUACAAUAAAAGAUGUAUUUAUGUAUAAAAUUGAACUGUCGUUAAUUAUAAAUAUUGGCUAGAGUAAAAAUGUCAACGUUUAAAUAACCUAAAUUAAGAGAUCACAAUGAAAAUGUUUCGGACUUUCGUAAACAUCGACAGAAUAAUUAUUCAUUUUGACGUU